AUGGAACACAUGCUCAUCCAUAUACGUUCAGCUAGCCUGAUAUAUCCAGUAAAUUCUGGGCAUACGCAAUAGUACUGAAGAAUCCGACACUGUUGACGAGUAACCUUGCUGUGGUGACCAUGUUCGUUCCUUAUACUAUUAAGGGUACGUGAAGUGCUAAGUAGCUGCCGGUCUUGUAGCUACAGCUUCACUCUCUCCGUUCAAUUCUUCUUACUUAUCUUCUUUCGUUUUCUGGUUCUGCUUUCACGUAGGAAUCUCAACCCAUACUACUCAACCUAGGGUAUAAGAGGCCUAACCAAUCCCGGGAAAAGAUGACAUCUUCCCCUCACUUUCCCAAGAAGCGGGGCAACCACAUCAGUGGGUGUGUAUAAAGUAAAGGUAAGACAAGGACGUCUUUCGGUCCAUUCAUCCUCUUGUAAAUCAUCCAACUAACUGUUAUAGAAACAUUGAAAUGCCUCGAGUAGCUAUUGUCACCGGCUCAGCGCGUGGGAUGUAAGUAACAUCCUCCCGGUAUCUGUUCUGGUAGAGUUAGUGUUGAACAUAUCCCAGUGGAAAGGCGAUUGCCCUCCGUCUUGCAAGAGAUGGCUAUUCAGUUUGCAUUAACGAUAUCCCCGGUGCCAAGGAUGAAAUCGCCGCAGUCGUUGAUGGAAUCAAUGCCACGAGCACCCAAGAAGCAACAUCUUCUUCUUCUCGUUCCCGGGCAAUCGGUAUAGCCGCUGAUGUGACCUCAACAUCCGCGGUGGAAGAGAUGGUCCGAGAAACAGUGGAAAAGCUGGGUCCAUUGACCCUGAUGGUUGCGAACGCGGGCAUCGCCCAAAUCAAACAACUUCUCAACGUCACUGAAGCCGAUAUUGACGCGGUAUUUUCGGUAAACUUCAAGGGUGUGUUCAACUGCUACACCCACGCGGCCCGCCAGAUGAUCGCGCAGGGUGAUCCGCAAUCUGCUGCCGGGGUCGGGGUGUAUAAGAUUGUCGGAGCCUCGUCUAUCGUCGGAUUCAGAGCGUUUGGGGCGCUGGGGAUUUAUUCGGCCAGUAAGUGGGCGGUUCGGGGUUUGACGCAGGCGAUGGCGACAGAGAUGGCACCACACAAGAUUACGGUGAACGCAUAUGCGCCAGGGGUGGUGGGAACGGCCAUGUGGGAUAAAAUUGACGAGGAGUUGGGCACGAUUGAGGGCCGUGCGAAGGGGGAAACGCAAGAGGUUUACUCGAAUAAGGCGGCCCUGGGGCGAACGAGUGAGCCGGAGGAUGUGGCUGGAUUGGUUGGAGGGUUCCUGGCGAGUCAGGACUCGGAUUUUGUGACAGGGCAGACGAUGUUGGUUGAUGGCGGCAUCGUUUUUACUUAGAUCGCUUUCUAUUGCUAUGACUUGCCAAAGUAACAGCUUAUUUUCACUUAUGAGAAAUCCACAUUUCCCCAUUUCUUGCGUGCUCACAUCCCAAGCAGUGAAUUGGAUAUCUGCUCGGCAGUAACCCUAACUGGCGCAUCAUACCGAACGGGCAAAAAGAGAUGAUGAUUAAAGCAAUAUCAAGACAGUUAAUGUAUGCAUGAUAAGCCAGAACACCCAACCACCAUACGUCCU